UGCUCAAAUUGAAACAAAGAAAUGGGUGCUUUUUCCUGCUUUUUUGCUUCAUUACUGCUCUUUACUUCUCUCAAUUUUCAUCCCGGAUUGUGCUGGGAGGCCGAGGACGGAGGCGGUGAUGUGGUGACAAGGACGGGGAGGGAAGCAACAGAAAUGCUUGUCGGUGGAGGAGGCGCUCCCCCUGCCCCAUCUUCACUACCACCGUCGGAGCCACUGCAUCCUCAGCAAGCAAAGCCAAUAUUUGAAAAUGCACUACUCCAAAGAGACUACUUCACAAUACAGAGAUUUGCAAAACGAAUCCAAAGUGACCCACAAGGCUACAAGAAAACAUGGGUGGGCACAAAUAUCUGCAAAUACAGGGGCUUUACAUGCGAAAGACUUCCAUACGGGGCGAGACUGAACGCCCUCGCCGCAGUUGAUUUUAAUGGGGCUAACUUUGACGGACCGAACCUCCGUCUUGAUGACUUCCUGGAGAAAUUAAAUGAAACGGCCAUUUUCCAUGCAAAUUCAAAUAAUUUCAAAGGGACUGUCCCACAAAAUGUAUCAAAACUUCCGUAUUUGUACGAGCUUGAUCUCAGCAACAACAAACUCAGCGGCGUUUUUCCAACGGAAGUGGUCAAAUCCACAAAGCUAACCUUCGUGGAUUUGCGGUUCAACAAUUUUAGAGGUGGGGUUCCGGGGACCGCAUUCAAUCUAGAUGUUGAUGUUUUCUUCAUCAACAACAACGGGUUCACAACGCUUCCCAGGAACAUCGGGAGCACGGCGGCGCUGUUCCUCACCUUUGCUAACAACAAAUUCUCCGGUACUAUUCCGAGCAGCAUUGGCAGCGCCAGGAACCUCCGAGAAAUACUUUUCCUGGGCAACAACCUCUCAGGGUGCUUACCGCAUCAAAUCGGCUUCCUGAACAAGUCCACCGUCUUUGAUGUCAGCGGCAACAAUUUAACAGGUCCAAUUCCUCAGUCCUUCGCAUGCUUGUUAAAGAUGGAACUCCUGAACCUAGCCUCCAAUCAAUUCUACGGCAGGGUGCCGGAGAUUGUCUGCAGGCUCCCUAACAUUGCAAGACUGACUCUCGCAAAUAACUAUUUCACUCAGGUAGGACCUUAUUGCAGGAGAUUAAUAAAUCUGGGGAAGCUUGAUAUUCGGAACAACUGCGUUUCAGGUCUUCCGGCUCAAAGAUCAGGAGCAGAAUGCGCUGCAUUCUUCUCCCAACGCAGGCGUUGUACCAACGAGAGGUUGAUGCGACGGAUUCCUUGCCAGAGAACUUUGAUGAGUUUGAACAUAACGGAUACGAAUUGGGAGGAGAAGGAACACAUUGGUCCUGUAGCGGCAACAUACGGCACUCUUGUACCUCAUGGGCCGUGAUAAAUUUAAAUUAAUUUGUAUCUUCUGGACUUUGAGUCAAGAGUCUUCGAUAAUAAUGUCCAAGUGUGUAAUUAAGUCUAUGAUUUUCUAUUUUUCUUUUAAGUGUCAGUGAAGUUUGAACUAUGUUGUAUUGUAUAAUAUAAUUUAGUGAAUGGGUAUGAGCUCUCUAAUACAGAGAGUGUUUUUUUUAUUUAAUAAUUUUUAUUUGUGAGU